AUGGAGCAGCCUACACUGGCAGAGGGUAAAGGAAAAAGGAGAAAUCCUCUUCAUGACUUCAAAAAGACAGGAGAGUUGAUGCUCAUUAAAGUAAACAAAACACUGGAAGUAAAAACUAAGCUGUUAAAUACCACUGAGCAAUGUGCCAAGAGAUGCAGCAGGAACAAGGGCCUCUCGUUCACUUGCAAGGCCUUUGCUUAUGACAGAGUUACAAAACGGUGCCAUUGGUUAUCCUUCAACAGCUUGACAAAUGGUGUGAGAAAGAAGCAAGACCAUGCGUUUGAUCUGUAUGAAAAGAAGGACUAUGUCAGGAAUUGUAUCAUCGGGAAAGGAGCAGACUAUAAAGGAACAAUAUCUGUUACUAAAAGUGGUAUCCAGUGUCAGGCCUGGAAUUCGAUGAUCCCCCAUGAGCACAGCUUUUUGCCUUCGAGCUAUCGGGGAAAAGACCUGAGGGAAAACUACUGCCGAAACCCCCGAGGGGAAGAGGGAGGCCCGUGGUGUUUCACCACCAGUCCAGAGGUGCGCCACGAAGUCUGUGACAUCCCCCUCUGCUCAGAAGUUGAAUGCAUGACCUGCAAUGGAGAGAAUUACAGAGGGCCAAUGGAUCACACCGAGACGGGCAAGGAGUGUCAGCGCUGGGAUCUUCAGAGACCACACAAGCACAAAUUUCGACCAGAGAGAUAUCCUGACAAGGGCUUUGAUGAUAAUUACUGCCGCAAUCCCGAUGGCAAGCUGAGACCAUGGUGCUACACUCUUGACCCUAACACCCCCUGGGAGUUCUGUGCAAUUAAAACGUGUGAUGAAAGCAUCAUGAACAGCACAGAGGCAGCAGCUGAGACUUCAACAUGCAUCCAGGGCCAAGGUGAGGGUUACCGUGGCACAGUCAGCACCAUAUGGAGUGGAAUUCAGUGCCAGAGAUGGGACUCUCAGUUUCCUCACCAGCACAACAUCACUCCUGAGAACUUCAAAUGCAAGGAUUUGAGGGAGAACUACUGCCGAAAUCCAGAUGGAUCUGAGUCACCCUGGUGUUUUACCACUGACCCAAACAUCCGUAUUGGUUAUUGCUCCCAGAUUCCUAAGUGCGAUGUAUCAAAUGAACAAGAUUGUUACCGUGGCAAUGGCAAGAGUUACAUGGGGAAUCUAUCCAAGACAAGAUUUGGGCUAACUUGCUCCACAUGGGACAAAAAUAUUGAAGACUUACGUAGGCAUAUACAAAUAUUCAGAGAACCAGAUGUUAGUAAACUGAAGAAAAACUAUUGCCGCAAUCCAGAUGAUGAUUUUCAUGGUCCCUGGUGUUACACAGAUGAUCCUCUUGUUCCCUGGGAUUACUGCCCUAUUUCUCGAUGUGAAGGUGAUACAACUCCUACUACAACCAGCUUGGAUGAUACUACCAUUCCUUGUGCCUCAACAAAACAUUUGAGAGUUGUAAAUGGAAUCCCAACACAAACUAACGAAGGAUGGGUGGUUAGUUUGACCUACAGGAAUAAACAUAUUUGUGGUGGCACUUUGAUAAAGGAGGAGUGGGUUCUUACAGCAAGACAGUGUUUCCCUUCUCGGUACAAAGAUUUGAAAGACUACAAAGCCUGGCUUGGAGUCCAUAAUAUCAAAGGAAAGGGAGAGGAGAAGCAUAGGCAAGUCCGGAAUAUCUCCCAGCUGGUAUAUGGCCCUACAGGGUCAGAUUUGGUCCUACUGAAACUCAGCAGACCUGCUAUAUUGACAAAUUUUGUAGAAAUAAUCCGAUUGCCAAUUUCUGGAUGUACCAUUCCAGAGAAGACCAGUUGCAGUGUUUAUGGAUGGGGAUACACUGGAUUAGUUAACUAUGAUGGCCUGCUCCGAGUAGCAAACCUGUUUAUUUUGGGAAACGAGAAAUGUAACCAAUAUCUAAAAGGGAAGAUCACUGUGAAUGAGUCAGAAAUCUGUGCUGUGGCUGAAACCAUCGGUGCUGGGCCUUGCGAGCGAGAUUAUGGUGGUCCCUUGGUUUGUGAACAAAACAGGCUGAAGAUAGUUGUUGGUGUCAUUGUUCCUGGCCGUGGAUGUGCCAUUCGAAAUCGUCCUGGGAUUUUUGUCCGAGUCUCAUAUUAUUCCCGGUGGAUACACAAGAUUAUGAUGACCUACAGAAAACCCUGAAAAACUCAACAACUUUCAUUGAAAGAUUUUGGACAGCAUGGAAUUAAUGUCUAAUGUAAAGAUCAACAAUUUUUUAACUACUUGAUAGUCAAGUUUGUUGAGCUUCAUUUAAUAUUUAUGGGUGUUUUUGUUUGUCUAUCAGUGUUGUUUUAUAAAUGUUGGAGUGACUUACAGUAUAUGCAAGUAUGGUGACAUAUCUCCUGAAGAUACUUGAAUGGGUAAACAAUUUCACAAUGACACUAUUACUGGAUGAUAAAUGAGUCUGUAGAAAUAGAUCAUAUGACCUGUUUUAUGCUGCUCUUCAGAUUAUCUUAGAAGGAGAAAAAAAUUAUAGUUUUAUUUAACACAUUCUUUCCAUGAGCCAUAUAUUUCUCUUCAUAUAUGACAAAAGACCUACUGAGAGAUAUAUGCAACUGUCAAGGACAGCAUAUAUGAUCAUAUUUCUCUUCCCCCCUUAUGAGAGGUAAAAU